AUGUUCACUCGAGUAGCACGGCGAUUACUAUCUUGGACACCCGAGGAAAAGUUGAUUUUCGAUAAGCUGUCCAAGCAACUCAGUCCGCGACAAAUAGAAGUACGAGAUGUCAGCGGUGGAUGCGGGUCGAUGUUCGCUAUAGACAUCACUAGCGACAAAUUCAAAGGUCUAACAAUGGUCAAACAGCACAAGCUCGUCAACAAAAUAUUAGAAGAUGACAUCAAGAGGUGGCAUGGCUUGCAAUUGCGCACUCGGACCGAAUAA